GGACACAGCCGGUCAUACUGCUAUUCCGACGUUAUGUUACUGUUGUCCGAUAAGUUCGCGAGACCAUAGAAUAUAAAUGGGGCAGCGUUGGCUAUCCACUGCUACCAUAUUUUUGUAUUGUAUCGAAAGCCAAAAAGCAAUGUUUCGCAUAUUUGCUGUAUGCGCAAUGUCCAUCGUUGUUGGCGUAUGCGGACAACCUACGGUGAAGAGACCCAUCGAAGAUGAUCCCGCCUAUGCGGAAUUCCAGCAUGCACGCGAGUUUCGUGAUCCAGGAGAAAAGCUUUUCAUAAAAUACACCACAUAUCGGACUCCUCCCGGGGCGGAUUGCUUCUGGAACACUGUAGAGUGUGUGGACCACCGAUACAUGCUUCAACUUGGAAUGAGUAUUGGCGGGAAAACAAUUCAAUUUGAGACUCCCCUCCUGUUCAACACCAGCGAAGGACACACCCGGCCGAACGUAAUCUUGCAUAAGCUCACACCAAAUGACACUGAACCUAGAAGAUUUCCCUUAAUGUAUCUGAAGCCGACAGGAGAUUGUUUAGUUGUGCGAGUUCCACAUCAAAAUAACGGUUGUAUCUUAUUCAUCCGAGAAAAAAAUGCAACUUGCGAUGAAUGCCAUCAAGAAUGCGAAAAAAUAUAUGUAGACAACUGUAACAUGACUCUGGAACAAUCUCCAUAUCGUAGCACCUGCCACAAAGAAAGUGUUUCUCAAUGCUGAGACUGCUACUUGGUUUUGAAGAGCCAUUAAAAGAAUUUAACAGACGA